GAGCAGAAGCUCUGAGAGAGAAGAUAGCCUCACUUAUCUUGUCCACACAAAGGUUUGUCUUUGGGCGGCCCAUGGCCGAGCCCACAGGGACUUCUGAAGGGGGUCACGCCCAUUGCCAGAUUUCACAGAGGAACCUAAGCUUAGGGGGUCCCAACCCUCGAGGUUUCAGAGUAUCUCUAAUCUGGUGAACUUGUGGGCUUCUUUUCCCCAUGAGAUGGGGUCUCACUCUCCCACCUUCUCAGGUCUCCUCUCUCUUGAGUCUAGCAGACAGAGCAGAUCAAGGUGAAAGUCUUGUCUGAGAUCUAGGUCAGGCCUCCCAAAGUGGGGAGGAAAUCGUGGGGGUUGGAACAGCAGGGUCUCCCUUUGAGAAGCAGAUCUCCCAGAUUGGACUCCAACCUUGGCUCCCAGAGCCCUCUGACCCCGGACUCUGUCUCCUCCCCAGAAAGCCUCCCUUGGUUGGGUGGUCAGAGCAGGAAGGAGAAAGCGCCCCGCCCUCCCUUGGGCCCAGAUCACUGAUUCCCUGUUUGAGUUUCAAAGCCAAGUAGCUGCACCUGGGAGUGAAGGGAGGAGGAGGGCUUCCACCUGUUCCUGACUGGCCUAAACAGCUUAGAUCCCAGAAAGCUACUCUCAGGUUGGCUUUGGGCGUCCAGCGCCUUCAGCCCCUCUCAGUGUCCCCCACGCCAGGUCCGCCCCACUGCAGUGGAGCGCAGAAUUCUACCGUUCCUGCUCCUCCGACGAGCUCCUCCCCUCCCCGGGGACUCCAGGGUUAGAAUCGCCUACCUCCGGCUCUCCGGCGGUACCGGGAGUCCGGGAGCGUCCGAGGGGAGGCGGGGCCGAGACGGCUGGUGGGCGGGGCGGGGCGGGGCAGCCCGCGGCUCCGGUCCCGCCCGCCCUGACUCACCCAGUCCUGCCCGCGAACUCCGCGGGAGUCCCGGCCGCUCAGCUCCCCGGGACACAGGAGUUGGAAACAGCGUCCGGCCCGUGAGGAAGGAUGAUUCCAGUGGCGGAGUUCAAGCAGUUCACGGAGCAGCAGCCCGCCUUCAAGGUGCUCAAACCUUGGUGGGACGUGCUGGCCGAGUACCUCACCGUGGCCAUGCUCAUGAUCGGGGUCUUCGGGUGCACCCUCCAGGUGACGCAGGACAAGAUAAUCUGUCUGCCCAGUCAUGAACCCCGGGAGAAUUUAUCUGAAGCCCCGUGCCAACAGCUGCUGCCCCGGGGGGUCUCAGAGCCCAUGGGGGACCUCCGGGAGUUGAGUGGCCUCAAGAACAACCUGGACCUACAGCAGUACAGCUUCAUCAACCAGCUCUGCUACGAGACGGCCCUCCACUGGUAUGCCAAGUACUUUCCCUACUUGGUUGUCAUCCACACACUCAUCUUCAUGGUCUGCACCAGCUUCUGGUUCAAGUUCCCCGGCACCAGCUCCAAGAUCGAGCACUUCAUCUCCAUCCUGGGCAAGUGUUUUGACUCGCCAUGGACUACUCGGGCACUGUCCGAGGUCUCCGGAGAAAACCACAAGGGCCCUGCCGCCACCACAGCUGGGCGGGCGACAGUGACCUUGACCACAACGGCAGGGGAGGGCGAGAAGGAGAAGGUGUUGCCAGAGCCCGAGAAGGUGGUGACAGAGCCCCCAGCUGUCACCCUGCUGGACAAGAAGGAGGGGGAGCAGGCCAAAGCCCUGUUUGAAAAGGUCAAGAAAUUCCGUGUGCACGUGGAGGAGGGUGACAUCCUGUACACCAUGUACAUCCGGCAGACGGUGCUCAAGGUCUGCAAGUUCUUGGCCAUCCUGGUCUACAACCUGGUCUAUGUGGGGAAGAUCAGCUUCCUGGUGGCCUGCAGGGUGGAGACCUCGGAGGUGACGGGCUACGCCAGCUUCUGCUGCAACCACACCAAAGCCCACCUCUUCUCCAAGCUGGCUUUCUGCUAUAUCUCCUUCGUGUGCGUCUACGGGAUCACCUGUCUCUACACCCUCUACUGGCUCUUCCACCGGCCCCUCAAGGAGUACUCCUUCCGGUCAGUUCGGGAGGAAACUGGCAUGGGCGACAUCCCCGACGUCAAGAACGACUUCGCCUUUAUGCUGCACCUCAUCGACCAGUACGACUCGCUGUACUCCAAGCGCUUUGCUGUCUUCCUCUCUGAGGUCAGCGAGAGCCGCCUGAAGCAGCUCAACCUCAACCACGAGUGGACUGCCGAGAAGCUGCGGCAGAAGCUGCAGCGCAAUGCCCGGGGCCGGCUGGAACUGGCCCUCUGCAUGCUCCCGGGGCUGCCAGACACGGUCUUCGAGCUCAGCGAGGUAGAGGCACUGCGGCUGGAGGCCAUCGGCGACAUCACCUUCCCCCCGGGCCUCUCGCAGCUGGUGCACCUGCAGGAGCUGAGCCUGCUCCACUCACCCGCCAGGCUUCCGUUCUCCUCGCAGAUCUUCCUGCGGGACCGUCUGAAGGUCAUCCGAAUCAAGUGCGAGGAGCUGCGGGAGGUGCCCCUCUGGGUGUUUGGGCUGCGUGGUCUGGAGGAGCUGCAUCUAGAGGGGCUCUUCCCCCCAGAGCUGGCCCGGGCAGCCACCCUCGAGAGCCUCCGGGAGCUGAAGCAGCUGAAGGUGCUGUCUCUGCGGAGCAACGCUGGCAAGGUUCCUGCCAGCGUGACUGAUGUGGCUGGCCACCUGCAGCGGCUCAGCCUGCACAAUGAUGGGGCGCGUCUGUUGGCACUGAACAGCCUCAAGAAGCUGGCGGUGCUGCGGGAACUGGAGCUGGUGGCCUGCGGGCUGGAGCGCAUCCCCCACGCCGUCUUCAGCCUAGGCGCGCUGCAGGAGCUUGACCUCCGGGACAACCACCUACGUUCCAUUGAGGAGAUCCUCAGCUUCCAGCACUGCCGCAAGCUGCUCACGCUCCGGCUGUGGCACAACCAGAUUGCCUAUGUCCCCGAGCAUGUGCGGAAGCUCCGGGGCCUCGAGCAGCUCUAUCUGAGCCACAACAAGCUGGAGACGCUGCCCACCCAGCUCGGCAUGUGCUCCAGCCUCCGCCUGCUGGAUGUCUCGCACAAUGGGCUGCAUUCCCUGCCAGCCGAGCUGGGUCUCCUGCAGAAUCUUCAGCACUUGGCUCUCUCCUACAAUGCCCUGGAGUUUCUACCCGACGAGCUCUUCUUCUGCCGCAAGCUGCGGACGCUGCUUCUAGGUUACAACCUUCUGAGCCAGCUUGCACCCCAGGUGGGGGCCCUCAGGGCCCUCAGCCGCCUGGAGCUCAAGGGCAACCGGCUGGAAGCACUGCCGGAAGAGCUCGGCAACUGUGGGGGGCUCAAGAAGUCGGGGCUCCUGGUGGAGGACACCCUUUACGAUGGGCUGCCGGCAGAGGUUCGGGACCGGAUGGAGGCGGAGUGAAGCUGGGGAGGGAGGACAGGUUGAGGUCAAUGCCUCCUGGAUGCUACCACCCUGGAAUCUCUACCAUUAUCUUCGAGGGAGAUGGUUAAGUGGGCCCCAUCCAGGAGACAAGGAACAGACAUGUCAGGUUGAUGGAGCCCAGGCAAGAUCCUGGGACGGGUUUGUCUGGGAGGCUGUGGAUUUGGGGUGGAACAUCCUGGAGGGAUUAACUCAGUCAGAAGACUCUCAGACCAAAACCACACCCGUGUCUUUGGUUUGGCUGACCUGCCCCUAGCCCUGGGCCAGAGAUGCUGCCCUCCCCCAGACAGCAGCCACAGUACCACAUAUGGGGGUUGGGGUGGGGGAGGCUCAUCCCAGUGGGAUUUAACCCUCUUCCCCUGACCAAAACAGCUUACAUCUGGGGUUUUCUCCCAAUGAGGGGACACAGACACAAGGGACCAACCUCCCCCCCUGCCCCCAAUUUUGAUAUUAAUCCCUUAUUUAUAAAUUGCUUGCUAUGGACACCUGAACUCAGAAAGCAAUGGUUCUCAUAUUUGGCUGAAAUCAACAUCUCCAAAACAAAACAUCCCAGGCCCCACCCUUGAAAGGCUGACUCAGGAUGUUGGCUGGAGGCCAGGAACUUGCUGGUAAACAGAAGCAUCCCAGGUAAUUCUGAUUCAGACCAUCCCAGGCCUGAAUGUUGGGAAAUGCUGACCUACAGAGUAGAUAUCUGGGUGUCGAGAGCAGGGAUUCUGAACUUGGUUCUAGAUCCCUAGAUGCUUUGAGAAAUCUGAUGAAAGCUGGGCACCUCCUUCCUCAGGAAAAUGCUCCUGUUCACAUAAGUUAAAAGCUCUGCAGACAACUUCAAGCAAUCAACAUUCCCCUAAACCCCCCAGGGGGCUAUUCUUGCCUGUGCUAAGGAUUGGAACUCCUGCAGGGGAGGUACAUUUUUCUGUAGGCUGGGACUUUGUCUUUCAAUGUUCCCUAUGUGAGGGAGUGUAUAUCAGUGGGUGUUUAAUAAAUAACACUAUGAGAACUAUAUA